UUGCUCGGGUUGUUUGGGACCGGAUCGAUUGUCGGCAGUAAGGUACAACCCAGUCUGGUCUCCUCUGGGCCUGUCUUCCCGCAGCAUGGGGAAGAACCGGCCCCUUCAUCCCGGUCUUGUUCUCCUCCUCCUGGCGCUCCUGCCCGCAGAUGCCUCCAUCUCUGGAAAACCGCAGUAUAUGGUGCUGGUCCCCUCCCUGAUCCACACUGGGACCCCUGUAAAGGGCUGUGUCCUUCUAAGAUACCUGAACGAGACAGUGACUGUUCACACUUCCUUGGAGUCCGUCAGGGAAAACAAGAGCCUCAUGACUGACCUGGUGGCAAAGGAGGACCUAUUCCACUGCUUCACCUUCACAGUCCCAAAGUCUCCCACCAAUCAGGAGGUGAUGUUCCUCACUGUCCAAGUGAAAGGACCAACCCAAGAAUUCCAGAGACGGACUACAGUAAUGGUUAAAAACAAAGAGAGUCUGAUCCUCAUCCAGACGGACAAACCCAUCUACAAACCGAUGCAGACAGUGAAAUUUCGUGUUGUCUCAUUGGAUGAAGACUUUCGCCCCCUGAAUGAGAUGAUUCCGCUAGUAUAUAUCCAGGACCCCAAAAGAAAUCGCAUCGCACAGUGGCAGAACCUGAAGUUAGAGGGUGGCCUCCUGCAAUUGUCCUUUCCCCUGUCGUCGGAGCCCUUCCAAGGGUCCUACACAGUGGUAGUACAGAAGGAAUCCGGUGGAAGAACCAAGCACCAAUUCACUGUACAAGAAUUUGUGCUUCCCAAGUUCGAAGUGCAGGUAACAGUGCCAAAGAUAAUCACUAUCUUGGAAGAAGAGAUGAACGUGUCAGCAUGUGGCCUAUACACAUAUGGGAAGCCUGUUCCAGGACACAUGACUGUGAGCGUGUGCAGAAAAUACAGUAACCCUUCCAACUGCUUUGGUGGAGACUCGCAGGCUUUCUGUGAGAAAUUCAGCGGAGAGCUGGACAGCCAUGGCUGUUUGUCUCAACGAGUGAAAACCAAGGCCUUCCAGCUGAAGAGACAAGGGUAUGAAAUGAAGCUUGACGUGGAGGCCAAGAUCCGGGAAGAAGGAACAGAAACGGAAUUAACUGGAAGAGGGUCUAGUGAAAUCACUAGGACCAUAACCAAACUCUCAUUUGUGAAAGUAGACUCGUACUUCAGACAAGGCAUUCCCUUCUUUGGGCAGGUGCGCCUAGUGGAUGGGAAAAACAUCCCUAUGCCCAAUAAAAUCAUCUUCAUCAGAGCAAAUGAAGCCAACUACCACUCCAAUGGCACCACCGACGAGCACGGUCUGGUGCAGUUCUCCAUCAACACCACCAACGUCAUAGGAACCUCCCUUAACAUUAGGGUCCAGUACAAGGAUCACAGUCCUUGCUACGGCUACCAGUGGCAGUCAGAAGCGCAUGAAGAAGCGUACCACACGGCUAAUCUUGUCUUCUCCCCAAGCAAGAGCUCUGUCCGCCUUGAGCCGCUGCCUGGUGAACUGCCCUGUGGCCAGACUCAGACAGUCCGGGCACAUUAUAUUCUGAAUGAACGGGUCCUGCAUGAGCUAAAGGAUCUCAAUUUUUACUAUCUGAUAAUGGCAAAGGGAGACAUUGUCCGAACUGGGACUCAUGGACUGCCGGUGAAACAGGAGAGCAUGGAAGGCAGCUUCUCCUUGUCGAUCCCCGUGAAGUCAGACAUCGCCCCUGUUGCUCGAUUGCUCAUCUAUGCCAUUUUACCCAAUGGAGACGUGAUCGGGGAUUCUGCAAAAUACGAGGUUGAAAAUUGUCUGGACCACAAGGUGGAGCUGAGCUUCGACCCAGCACAAAGCCUCCCAGCCUCACAUGCCCAACUGCGAGUUGUAGCUUCUCCUCGCUCCCUCUGCGCCCUCCGUGCUGUGGACCAAAGCGUGCUGCUCCUGAGACCUGAGGCCGAGCUCUCUGCAACCUCAGUGUAUAACUUGCUGCCAGUGAAAGACCUGACGGGCUUCCCUGAGAGUCUGACUCAGCAGGACGAAGAGAGCGGAGACUGUGUCCAUCACCACAACGUCUACAUUAAUGGAAUCACCUACUCCCCAGUAUCCAAUACGAACGAAAAAGAUAUGUACGGCUUCCUAGAGGACAUGGGUUUAAAGGUAUUCACAAACUCCAAGAUCCGUAAACCCCAAAUAUGUUCAGAGCCUCAAAUGUAUGAAAUGCAGAUAGCUGAAAGAACAUCAGACUAUACAGACUCAGCUCCAUUGAAAAGAGGCCAGGAACGAUCGGGUUUUCGUCACGCUUCAGAGCCUCCCACAGAGAUUGUAAGGAAGUACUUCCCUGAGACGUGGAUCUGGGACGUGGUAACAGCAGACUCCACAGGUGUGGCUGAGGUAGGAGUAACAGUCCCUGACACCAUCACCGAGUGGAAGGCAGCGGCCUUCUGCCUGUCUGAAGACACUGGACUUGGGCUCUCUCCUCCUGCCUCUCUCCGAGCCUUCCAGCCCUUCUUUGUGGAGCUCACCAUGCCCUACUCUGUGAUCCGCGGGGAGGCCUUCACACUCAAGGCCACUGUGUUAAACUAUCUUCCCAAAUGCAUCCGGGUCAGUGUGACGCUGGAAGCCUCUCCCAUGUUCUUAGCUGUUCCAGUGGAGAAGGAACAAGAAUCUUACUGCGUCUGUGGAAGUGGACGGCAAACGGUGUCCUGGGCAGUAACCCCCAAGUCAUUAGGAAAUGUGAAUUUUACUGUGAGCGCAGAGGCCCUGGAGUCUCAGGAGCUGUGUGGGACUGAGGUGGCCACGGUUCCUGAAUAUGGAAAGAAAGACACGAUCAUCAAGCCUCUGUUGGUGGAACCUGAAGGACUGGAGAAGGAAGUAACAUUCAACUCCCUGCUUUGUCCAUCAGGUGCUGAGCUAUCCGAGCCAUUAUCCUUGCAGCUCCCACCAAACGUGGUAGAAGACUCUGCCCGAGCCUCUGUUUCAGUUUUGGGAGACAUACUGGGCUCUGCCAUGCAAAACACACAAAAUCUCCUCCAGAUGCCCUAUGGCUGUGGAGAACAGAACAUGGUCCUCUUUGCUCCUAACAUCUAUGUACUGGAUUAUCUAAAUGAAACCCAGCAGCUUACUCCAGAGAUCAAGUCCAAGGCCAUUGGCUAUCUCAACACGGGUUACCAGAGACAGUUGAACUACAAACACCAUGAUGGCUCUUACAGCACCUUUGGGGAGAAACGUGGCAGGAACCAGGGCAAUACCUGGCUCACAGCCUUUGUGCUGAAGACUUUUGCCCAGGCUCGACCCUACAUCUUCAUUGACGAACAGCACAUUACCCAGGCCCUCACCUGGCUCUCCCAGAAGCAGAAGGAUAAUGGCUGUUUCAGGAGCUCUGGGUCACUGCUCAACAAUGCCAUAAAGGGAGGAGUAGAAGACGAAGUGACCCUCUCCGCCUAUAUCACGAUUGCCCUUCUGGAGAUUCCGCUCCCAGUUACUCACCCUGUUGUCCGCAAUGCCCUGUUCUGCCUGGAGUCAGCCUGGAAAGCAAAGAAGGAGGGAGCCCAUGGCAGCCAUGUCUAUACCAAGGCACUGCUGGCCUACGCGUUUGCCCUGGCCGGUAACACAGACAGGAGGAGAGAAGUACUCAGCUCGCUUAAUGAGGACGCUAUCAAGAAAGAUAACUCAGUCCACUGGGAGCGACCUCAGAAGCCGAGGACAGGAGGGGGGUAUUUGUUCCGACCCCAGGCACCCUCUGCUGAGGUGGAGAUGACCGCCUACGUGCUCCUCGCUUACCUCACACCCCAGCCUGCCCGAACCUCCGAGGACCUGACGUCCACCACACACAUUGUGAAGUGGAUCACAAAGCAGCAGAAUUCCCAGGGCGGCUUCUCCUCCACCCAGGACACCGUGGUGGCCCUCCACGCUUUGUCCAAGUACGGAGCAGCCACGUUUACCAAGACCGGGAAGGCUGCCGAGGUCACUGUCAAAUCUUCAGGAACAUUUUCCACAAACUUCCAAGUGGACAAUGACAAUCGCCUGCUACUGCAGCAGGUCUCGUUGCCAAAGGUGCCAGGAGAAUACAGCCUGAGCGUGGCCGGACAGGGAUGCGUCUACCUCCAGACAUCCUUGAAAUACAAUAUUCUCCCAGGAAAGGAAACGUUCCCCUUUGCUUUACAAGUGAAAACUGUGCCCGAAACCUGUGAUGGACCCAAGGCUCACACCAGCUUCGAGCUCUCACUGAAUGUCAGUUACACCGGGAGCCGCGCUGCCUCCAACAUGGCUAUCGCUGAUGUGAAGAUGGUAUCAGGCUUCAUUCCCCUGAAACCAACAGUGAAAAUGCUUGAGAAGUCUGAUCAUGUGAGCCGGACAGAAGUCAGCAACAACCAUGUCUUGAUUUACCUGGAUAAGGUGUCGAAUCAGACACUGAGCAUGUCCUUCAGGGUCCUGCAAGAUGUUCCAGUAAGAGAUCUGAAACCAGCCAUAGUGAAAGUCUAUGAUUACUAUGAGAAAGAUGAGUUUGCAGUUGCCGAGUACAAUGCUCCUUGUAGCAAAGAUCAUGGAAAUGCUUGAUGUCCACAUGAACAAAUGCUUUGCUGGAGUCCUUGUUCUCAGGACCCCAUGGAAGAUAAAUGGUUUUGUACUUUCAAAGACUUGAUAAAUAAACCUUUUUUUUUUCUGGUCAGUCUC